AUGAUACAUCAGUGUAUUAGUACGCUCUCCUAUGCUGUUUUGGUUAAUGGCUCGCCAGGUGAGACCUUUUCACCCUCUAGAGGUAUUAGGCAAGGCGAUUGUCUUUCGCCUUAUAUAUUUAUUAUUUGUAUGGAGGUUCUUUCCCAACUGUUGUUGAAAGCUGAGGAGCAAAAUGUGAUACAAGGUUUCAAGUUUAAGAAAAAUAGUCCUUCAAUUUCCCACUUAUUUUUCGCUGAUGAUUGUAUGUUGUUUGCUAGAGCUUCUAUUACCUAUGCUAGAAACAUAUUGAAGAUUAUUAAUGUUUUAGCCAAGGCUUCAUGUCAGGAAAUUAAUUUUGAUAAAUCAGGUUUCUUUACUAGUGGAAAAAUGCAUCAUCGUCAUAUAAAACUCUUAUCUAAAACCAUUGGAAUGAAGUUUCUUAGUAGUGAUGAGAAAUACUUAGGUACCCCUUUGUUUGUUGGUAGAGAUAAGACUAAAUCUUUUGAUUUUCUCAUUGACAGCUUUUAUUCUAGGUUAAGUUCCACUAAGAAGACUAAUCUUAAUAUAGCUGGUAGAACUGUUGUUACUAAGCAUGUGCUUUCUUGUUUAGUUAUUUAUCAUAUGGCUUGUUUUCCUCUGCCUAAAUCGGUUACCUCAGAAAUUGAUGAUAUUCAAAGGACCUUCUGGUGGUUUAAAAAAAAAACCCUAGACAUGCGGCUUAUUUUCGUUCUUGGGGGAGAUUUAGGUAAGUCAAAUAUGUCGGGUGGUCUUGGUAUUAGAAAUACUCAUGCCACUAAUAGGGUAUUCAUUUGUAAGCUUGGUUGGCGAGUUUUGAAAAACCCUGGUCUCUUGUUGUCUUCCUUUCUUAAGGAUAAAUAUUUUGCAAACCAAAAUCUGUUGGAAAUUGAUAAAGCGGCUGCUUCGUCCUCCUGGAUUUGGAAAGGUAUUAUAAAUGGUCUUAAAUUUCUUAAAGCUAAUUCUGUUAUAAAAAUUGGUAAUGGGUCUUCUACAAAUAUUUGGAAUUCAGUUUGGAUCCCAGGUAUGGUUACUCCUCCUACUUCCUCUCAUCCGAGUCGGUCCAAUUUCACUUAUGUCAGUGAUCUUAUUGACUCACAUACUAAUAACUGGAAUCUGAGCUUGCUGUCCAACCCGUUCUCUCAUGAGUUAGUGAUUAGGAUUAGAACUAUUAGAUUAAACCUUUGUCAAAAGGAUACUAUUAUGUGGGCUCAUUCAAAAUGUGGGAAUGUGAAAAUCUCGAGGGAUAACUUUGGAUUGAUUUCUGACGCAGUAGGUGCUGAAGCUGCUGCUCUUCUUUUGGCCAUCUCUUGGGCAGAAGAGAUGAAUCUAUCCAAUGUUGUUUUUGUUUGUGACUGUCUCCAGUUGGUGCAUUUUGUUAAUGGAGUCAGCUGUAAUAUAAAGUGGCGGAAUGGGGAUCUUUUAGAACAAUGUCAAAGCUUGAUUUCUAGGUCUUUAUCUUAUAAACUUGUGUAUGUUAAGCGUCUGAACAAUAAGUUAGCGGAUCGCCUUGCGCGCCGUGCUAAGUCUGAUAGUAUUUAUGGUCUUUGGUCUCCUUUUCCUCCCUUUUUAAAUUUGUAG